GUGUUCUAUUGGUCGGUAGCGAGCUCGUCGGCUCCGCGCUAGGCUGAGACGGGAGGGUCCUCGGCUAAAGCCCAAAGCAGAUCAAAGUGGUGGGACUCGCGUCGCGGCCGCGGAGACUAGAAGGAGGACUCCGGAUCCGGCUCGGCGCUCGCCCUCGCUCGCCAUGGAGAAGACCGAGCUGAUCCAGAAGGCCAAGCUGGCCGAGCAGGCCGAGCGCUACGACGACAUGGCCACCUGCAUGAAAGCCGUGACGGAGCAGGGCGCCGAGCUGUCCAACGAGGAGCGCAACCUGCUAUCGGUGGCCUACAAGAACGUGGUCGGGGGCCGCAGGUCCGCCUGGAGGGUCAUCUCGAGCAUUGAGCAGAAGACCGAUACCUCGGACAAGAAGUUGCAGCUGAUCAAGGACUAUCGGGAGAAAGUGGAGUCUGAGCUGAGGUCCAUCUGCACCACGGUCCUGGAAUUGUUGGAUAAGUAUUUAAUAGCCAAUGCAACUAAUCCAGAGAGUAAGGUCUUCUAUCUGAAAAUGAAGGGAGAUUAUUUCCGGUAUCUUGCUGAAGUCGCUUGUGGUGAUGAUCGAAAACAAACGAUAGAAAAUUCCCAAGGAGCCUACCAAGAGGCAUUUGAUAUAAGCAAGAAAGAGAUGCAACCUACACAUCCAAUCCGCCUGGGGCUGGCUCUUAACUUUUCUGUAUUUUACUAUGAGAUCCUUAAUAAUCCCGAGCUUGCCUGCACACUGGCUAAAACGGCUUUUGAUGAAGCCAUCGCCGAGCUUGAUACACUGAAUGAAGACUCCUACAAAGACAGCACCCUCAUCAUGCAGUUGCUUAGAGACAACUUAACAUUAUGGACAUCAGACAGUGCAGGAGAAGAAUGUGAUGCAGCUGAGGGGGCUGAGAACUAAAGGCAUCCAGGACACCAACCUCCUUCCCCUCAAGAAAACCUUUUUACAUCUCCAUUCCUUAUUCCACUUGGAUUUCCUCUAGCAAGGAAGCCCAUUCAUGUGUAUGGGGUCAACUGUUUAUAGUCUUUUCACACUGCAGCUUUGGGAAAACUCCAUCCCUUGGUUUGUGUUGUCUCCACCUUCCUGGUGUGCAGUUACUGCUGUAGAAAAGUAUCAAUAGCUUCAUUUCAUAUAAACACGAGUAACUUCCAGACACUUGUGUAGAGGACUGACAGCACAUUUGGUAUUUAAGUAAUCUGAACCAGUUCUGCAAGUGACUGUGUUUUGUAUUACUGUGAAGAUAUGGAAAUGGUAGUGCAUUACAAUUUAAAGUGAUUGUAAUAAUAACGUCUUGAUUUCUACAUUCCUUUUCUGAACUUUCUUGGGGGUUUCCUUUCAGAAGCAACUUUUCCAUGCUCUUACUACAAAUUCCUUUUUAGUAGGAAUCCAGAAGUGUUAGAUUGAAUGGGAAAGCGCUUAAUGCAUCCGGGCUUGGGGGUCACAGAUUGAAAUGUCUCCUGUGUCACAUUCUGGAGGUUACAUCUGUCUGUGACAACAGGGCAGGGCGUUUCCUUAUGCAUUCUUCAUUUGCUGCUGUUUAAGUUGACAACUUCCUUCCCAAUAAAAAUUCACUUACACCUCCUGCCUUCGUAGCUCUGGUAUUCACUUUACCUUGUGAUAGAAGUAGCAUGUUGCUGCCAGAAUACAAGCAUUGCUUUGGGCAAAUUAAAAUGCAUGUCCUUUCUUAAUACACUAGGAAGGAGAAAUAAAGUACACAAGUCCAAGUCUAAACUUUAGUACUUUUCCAUGCAGAUUUGUGCACAUGUGAGGGGGUAUCCGGUUUGUCCAGUGAUUGUUCUUUAGAGAGUUGGACCACUAUAUUGUGUGUUUGCUAAUCAUUGACUGUAGUCCCAAAAAAGCCUUGUGAAAAUGUUAUGCCCUAUGUAACAGCAGAGUAACAUAAAAUAAAACUACAUUUUAUAAAACCAUUUAUUAUGGCUUUGUAACAGUUGCAUACCCAUAUUUUAAGAACAGACAAAUUUACUACUUUUUGAAGUUUGUUGCUAUUUCUCUUUAUGUAACAUAUAAUGGUGAUAUCCAUAUUUCUGCAUUGUGGUACACUUGUCUAGGGUGCCUGGCACUGUAAAAUUGGACUAUAUUUCUCCAGAUAGCCUCAUGGGUUGUCUUCCUCAGAUGUAAUGAUAACUGGUUAGGUGUCAUGUGUAAUAAAGUGAACAUUUGAAAACUA